AUGGAGUCUCUUCUCCAGCAGUCUCGGGCGAUGUGCCCGUUCCUCAAGCGCACAUCUCCAACUUCUCUGCGUACCCUGGCAACCGCAACUCGGCCUAGCACUAGUUCCGGUGGAGGCACCAUGUCUAACCUCCAGGUCAUUGCCCGUCGCUGCCCUGUCAUGAGCAAGGCUCUGGCCGUGCAGAGCGCUCGCAUGGCCGGCACCAAAAGAUUUACCUCAUGCGCUGCCGGCAUUACCGGUCUCGGCAACAAGCAUUACCGGUCUCCUACUGGGAAGAGAGCAUUGCACUCCACCUCCGGCAACGGCGCCAAUGUGAGCGCUGAGAUUUACAAGAACACCCAGCGUGAUCCUACCGGUUUUUCGAAGAUCAAAACCCCUUCCAAUGCUACCGCCGCUACCGCUACUUCUGGCCCUCGUCCAGAUGCCCCCGUGGCGAAGCCUUUCAACUACAAUGCUUUCUACAAUGCCGAAUUGGAAAAGAAACACAAGGACAAAUCAUAUCGCUAUUUUAACAACAUCAAUCGUCUCGCUCAGGAGUUUCCCCGGGCUCACACUACAUCUACCGAGGAACGUGUGACGGUAUGGUGCUCGAAUGAUUAUCUCGGUAUGGGCCGCAACCCCGAGGUCCUGGCCACCAUGCAUAAAACGUUGGACACCUAUGGAGCUGGUGCGGGAGGUACUCGCAACAUCUCAGGUCAUAAUCAACAUGCCGUGGGCCUGGAAAGCACCCUUGCUAAAUUGCACGGCAAGGAGGGAGCAUUAGUUUUCAGCUCAUGCUUCGUGGCCAACGAUGCUACCCUCGCAACCUUAGGUAGCAAGAUGCCGGACUGCGUUAUUCUGUCCGAUAGCCUGAACCAUGCAUCGAUGAUUCAAGGCAUUCGCCAUUCAGGUGCCAAGAAAAUGGUUUUCAAACAUAAUGAUCUGGUCGACCUUGAGACCAAGUUAGCAUCCCUACCUCUUCAUGUCCCCAAGAUCAUUGCAUUCGAAUCAGUUUAUAGCAUGUGCGGAUCUAUUGCGCCAAUUGAGAAGAUAUGUGAUCUUGCAGACAAGUACGGUGCCAUCACUUUCCUGGAUGAAGUCCACGCUGUGGGAAUGUACGGGCCUCAUGGAGCAGGUGUGGCAGAACACCUUGACUAUGACAUCUAUGCUUCCCAAGAUACGACCAACCCGCGCAGUACGAAGGGAACCGUGAUGGACCGUAUCGAUAUCAUCACCGGUACUCUGGGCAAGGCCUACGGAUGUGUCGGGGGCUACAUUGCUGGAUCCGCUGCGAUGAUUGACACCAUCCGCUCCCUCGCCCCCGGCUUCAUCUUCACUACAUCCUUGCCUCCCGCUACCAUGGCUGGUGCAGACACUGCUAUCCAGUACCAGGCUCGUCAUCAGGGCGACCGCGUUCUGCAGCAGUUGCACACGCGCGCGGUCAAAGCAGCUUUCAAGGAGUUGGACAUUCCUGUGAUUCCAAACCCCUCUCAUAUCAUUCCGCUCCUGGUUGGAGAUGCCGAGGUUGCUAAGAAGGCCUCGGACAAGCUUCUGGAGGAGCAUGGAAUUUACGUACAAGCCAUUAAUUACCCAACCGUGCCUCGGGGUGAAGAGCGUCUCCGUAUCACACCCACCCCUGGACACGUCAAGCAGCACCGCGACCACCUGGUGCAAGCCGUCCAAACCGUCUGGAACGAACUGGGCAUCAAACGCACCAGCGAUUGGGAAGCGCAAGGCGGUUUCGUCGGCGUGGGUGUCGAGAGCGCCGAGGCUGAGAACCAGCCCAUUUGGAAUGACGUUCAGCUGGGGCUGAAGGAAAACGAAGCCAUUGAGGCUGCUGUGGAACGCGAGUUUGCCGAGGCCCCCAUUCAGACCGCUACCCGUCCCGCCGCGGCUACCGCUUCAAUCCCGGUGGGUGUGGCUGCCUGA